AUGGCAAUGAUGCAGCAACAACAGCAGCAGCCGCAACAACAGCAGCAGCAGCCGCAACAACAGCAGCAGCAACAACAGCAGCAGCAGGCGCAACAGCAGCAGCAGGCGCAACAACAGCAGCAGCAGGCGCGACUGCAGCAGCAGGUGCGACUGCAGCAGCAGGCGCGACUGCAGCAGCAGGCGCGACUGCAGCAGCAGGCGCGACUGCAGCAGCAGGCGCGACUGCAGCAGCAGGCGCGACUGCAGCAGCAGGCGCGACUGCAGCAGCAGGCGCGACUGCAGCAGCAGGUGCAACUGCAGCAGCAGGCGCAACUGCAGCAGCAGGCGCAACUACAGCAGCAGCAUCCAAAACAACAUCAGCAGCCACAACAUCAGAAGCUGCAGCACCCUCCCUUACCGCCACCAGGGAUUGGCAGCAAUCUAUACCGGUCACAAUAUGGUAACACUUCAAGGGCAUCCUACCCCAGUGGACCCAGUGGCGCGGAAGUAUACGCUGAUACGAGAUCGCCGUACCAUCGCCCUCGCCACACACCGGUGCAGCAAGGUCACACAUCAUACUCUGGAUCUUCGGUGAAGGCAAUGUCGGGACACCAGAGCAGAACCUUUGGUGAUGACAUGCUACCGGGAAUGGGUGCCACUGGCACUCUCUACUCCGGCGACACAGCACAGUCUUAUCCGGGCAGCACAGGAACGGCUCAGAUAGGAGCAGCUGAUCUAUCGGCAACAGCAGAUACAGGGCUGCCAUCGCAAGCAUCGAUGUUUGGUGACGACAUGCCAUCUGGAAUGGGUGCCACUGGCACUUCCUACUCCGGCAACACAGAGCAGUCUUAUCCGGGCGGCACAGGAAUGGCUCAGAUGGGAGCAGCUAAUCUAUCGGCGACAGCAGAUGCAGGCCUGCCAUCGCAAGCAUCGGCUUCCAGAAGUACGGGGUUCGGCGAUACUCCGCUGGACCUUAACGACAACAGCGCUACAGCAGAAAGUGGAGUAGCAUCACAGGGAACACUUACUUCUUUCGAGGAGAACAAACGGAACAGGCUGAAAUAUAAGAACGACCAAGAACGAAAACGUUUACAAGACAUCAAUCUGGCAUUCAAGGAGCUAGAUAGAAGUUUACCUAAGCACCUAACUGGCAAGAAAGUGAAAAAGGAGAAAACGAAGUCACAGCUCAAGAUACUUCGGGAAGCGACUCAGGCUAUUCAGGCUCUCGGAGACGAGCUUCGAAGUGAAAACUAAGACCCGAUGGCUGAGUGUUUGGAGCAGUGUAAGGAAGAGAAGGCCAAGAACCAGGGAAUUAGCUCUGCCUCAGGUGGGGUUGAUCAGGGAAUUAGCUCUGCCUCUCGCGGGGUUGAUCAGGGAAAUAGCUCUGCCUCUGGCGGUACUAAUCAUGUCGAGGACGACCACGACAAUGAAAGUUCCGGCGGUGCAAAGGGAGCGUGAAUAUAAAUAUUCAAAUAAAAAUGACAUUAAGGUAAAAUGUACGUGUGAUGACAGUGUGCCUUCUGCCGCAUCGUGAGUCGGUGGUCUCACCGACAGGCUGCUGUGCCUCAGACUGAGUAAGAAUAACUGGGCUGCUGGCUGCAGAUGUGCGGGCAUGAUGUGAAUGUCGAUGCUAUGAACAAGAUGAGCUCGUUGAGCUGUUGACUAUCUUGCCUCAGUCUAUAUGUGUUUUGUCCAGUAUUUUGUCUCAUGUUUUGUCCUGUGUUUUGUCCCAUGUUUGUGUUUUGUCCAGUGUUUUGUCCCAUGUUUUGUCCUGUGUUUUGUCCCAUGUUUAGUCCAGUGUUUGGUGCAGUGCGUGUGUGCUCCAGCAAUGCUUGUUCUCCAAGCUGGUAUAUUUCUAUUGCUGCUGCUGCUAUCAAUAUUAUGUGUCAUGUCAAUAAAAACAAAAAUAUAUAAUUAUAAAAAUGGACUCGGAUGGACCUUCCCCUCCUUAUGUUGCUUGUAG